CCGAGCCGUCUGGACCCGUGGUCGCUUCUGGCAGCCCGAGCCGGCGCUCCUGCCCCCGGGGUGACGCGCAGCCCCCAAGCCGUCAGACAGAUGGCCCCAGGCCAAGUACCUCAUCACACUUCCUCCCGGAGGGAUGCCCAUUCCCUCUUCCUCCUGUCCCCACUGAUGGGCUUCCUCAGCCGGGCCUGGUGCCGCCUGAGGUACCCAGGACCUCUAGAGCCAUGGCUGGUGGAAACAGGAGUAGGAGCAGAUCAGGGAGAAGCUGGCCUGGAGGGAGAAGCUAAGGCUCCUCUGGCAACCCACCAUGCCCCCUGGGGCAGGCACUCUCAAGGGGAGGCCGAAGACAGGAGAGCCCCUGAAGAGGAUGGAGAAGCAGCCUGGGAGACCCGCCCGGACCUGAAUACCAACAGUUCCCCUCCUGAAGGCUGGGGAUGUUCGGAUGACAGUGAUGAUGAGUAUAGUGAGGAAGAAGCAGUGAGUAUCCCUGGAGAGCAGGGAAGUCAAGUUACAGAUGGCCAGCCUGCUCUCUUGUCCCCCAGCCUUCUGAUAAAAACCCUGCAAGGUUCUGAUAAGGACUGUGGGGAGGAGGAAGCUACCGGAGAGGGAGUUGCUGAAGAUGAGGGAGUGACCAAGGUCUCUUAUCCCUCUUCAUGCCUGGAGUGUUGUCCAGUGGUGGAGGGGAAGGAGGAUGGAGAAGCCGUACAGAAAGAAGCUCUCAGAAACUCCGCUUCUCCCUUGUCUCCAGGAUCCAAGCCCAGCACUUUAGAGGACUGCCCAGAACGGGAAGAGGAUCACGCCACGGAGGAAGAAAACACAGAUAGAGAGGCCAGCGAGACCUCUGUUUCCUCCUCGUCUUCUGGCUCCAACCCCAGGGCCUGGGAGUGCUGCUCAGGAGAGGAGUCGAAGGAGAAGUGUAAACAGGCACACAAAGCGGCUGAGAGAGAAGCUGGCCCAGAGCCACACUUGUCAGUCCCAGCCCACAGGCCCCUGCUCAGGGCCUGGGAGGAUCAACCUGAUGAGUGCACGGAACAAGAAGAUGAGGAAGAAGAUGAGGAGGAGGAGGAGGAGGACAAUACUCUGGGGGCAACUGAGAAGGAAAGAGGAGCUGAGUAUCCUCCUCCUAUUCCAUUCGCAAGUGCCUUCUUGAAGGCCUGGGUGUAUCUUCCGGGAGAGGACACAGAGGAAGAGGAAGAUGAGGAAGAAGAUGAGGACAGUGAUUCAGGAUCAGCUGAGGAAGAGGGAGAGGCUGAGGCAUCUGCUUCCACCCCCACCACAAGUGCCUUCUUGAAGGUCUGGGUGUAUCGGCCAGGAGAAGACACAGAGGAUGAGGAAGAGGAUGAAGACAGUGAUUCAGGAUCAGCUGAGGAAGAGGGAGAAGCUGGGGCUUCUGCUUCCACCGCCCCUACAAGCACCUUCUUGAAGACCUGGGUGUAUCGGCCAGGAGAGGACACAGAGGAAGAUGAAGAGGAAGAUGAGGACACUGAUUCAGGAUCAGGGAACGAGAACAAAGGAGAAGAUUCAGAGGCAGCUGGGCGAGGAGAAGCUGCUGCCUCGGGCCCACAUCCCUCCUGUCAGGCCCAGAGUGCCUUCCUCAGGGCCUGGGUAUACCAACCCGGAGAGGAAACUGAAGAAGAGGAAGCUGCUGAGGAAUGGGCACAGGCUGAGCCCCGCCCCUUCCGAGUUGCCAUCUAUUUACCUGGAGAGAAGCCCCCACCUCCCUGGGCCACUCCUAAGCUGCCCCUCCGACUGCAAAGGAGGCUUAAGUCAUCAGAAACACCCACCCGGGAUCCCGACCCUGAAACUCCCCUAAAGCCUAGAAAGGUAUGCUUCUCUGAGAAGGUCACAGUCCAUUUCCUGGCUGUCUGGGCAGGGCCAGCCCAAGCCAACCGCCGGGGACCCUGGGAGCAGCUCGCCCGGGAUCGCAGCCGUUUCGCCCGCCGCAUCGCCCAGGCCCAGGAGGUGCUGGGCCCCUGCCUCACCCCUGCUGCCCGGGCCAGGGCCUGGGCACGCCUCAGGAACCCCCCCUCGGCGUCAACCCCCAUCCCUGCCCUUGCCCACACUUUACCUUCCUCCAUAGUCACUUCUGUGACCCCAGUCCAGGCCAUGCCCUUGAGCCAUGCUGUGGCCACUUCUCCCUCCCCUCCUCCUUGCGCUGCCUCCUCUCCUUGCCUGGAUCUCGGUGGGAAGCGAGACUGAGACCAGCUGGUUUGCGUGUUAUUUAUUAUCUAUUUAUUUUUUAUAAGUGUUGGUUUAUAUAAAAAAUAAAGCCUUUCGAUUUGUUGUGA